UCGUUUUAAAUUAUGGACGGGCCAAAACAAUUAGACGAAGAAACCUUGCAAGACCUUUAUGCGUGGAUAGACAAGAUACCGCUCUCCAGACCCAAACGCAACAUAACACGAGAUUUUAGCGAUGGAGUUAUGGCUGCUGAAGUGGUGAAGCAUUUCUUCCCUAAGCUGGUGGAGCUGCACAACUACACGCCCGCACAUUCCACGCAGCAGAAGCAGAGUAACUGGAUCACCCUCAACAGAAAAGUUUUCUCCAAGCUAAACUUCCAUAUACCUGAGGACACGGUGAAAAAAAUUGUAGUGAGCACACCAGGCUACAUUGAACCAGCCCUUUGCUCUUUGAGAGAGAAGAUCGAGGAAAAGAAAGAAGGAAAACAACCAGAUAGCGCACAGGACUUGGAGUAUUACACCACUUCAGAUGGACAGCAGGGAUCAGGGAAUCAUGUGAUGGUUAUUGAACCCAGUCAUUUAAAUCCAGCUACUGUGAAGAAAACAGAGAAAGUCAGGGCUGCUGGAACCAUUGGACCAAAUGUGGAUCCAGCUGUACGUUUGCUUUUGGAGGAAAAGGAGCAGGCCAUUUUGGCUUUACAGGAGACUGUUGGUAUUUUACAGAUUAAAGUAAACCGAUUGGAGCACCUUGUGCAUCUUAAGGACCUACGCAUUGAGGAUCUCACAAAGCACUUAGAGCGAUAUAAAGCACGCAACUCAUGAACAUCAUUUCAAAAAGUGCAUAGGAAUACGUAAGACUUACAAAAAGCUGGCCCAUGAUCCAUAUGAAAUCAUCUCUUUUUCCUCAUUUGUUUUAUGCUCUGUGAUUGUUAGAUUUUUUCUUUUAAUUGUUGGCACACCAAUUGCAUUACCAAGGACCAUCUAGAGCAGUUUAUGCUUCACUGUGAAGUCCAACAAACUUUGGCAGUAAAGUUUUUAUUCCUUGAUGCAUUUCAGACAUUCUGGAAAUGAUUCACCAGUAUUAGUACUUGCUUUUUAUUUUGGAAUUUAAAUGAUAUUUCUAAGUGUUUUUUUUUUCUUUCUUUCUUUCCCCAUGCAUUUAUAAAUUGAUUUCAAUCACUGUUAAACUUUAUAAAUCUUUAAGCAAAGCUUGCUCUCCAAAUGAAUGACUAAGUGUUGUAAUUGCUCUGUGUUUUCCCUAAAUUUUAUUUUGGCAUUUGUGUUAAUGAUACAUUCAUUUUUAUGUUUCCAUUCAUGUUGAUAUUCUCAAAUUUAGCUUUACUCUAUUUUGGGAUUUGCUGAUCAUUGUACAUUUUUGUAUGUCACAGUAUUAUUAGCUGUCAUGUCAUAAGACCAGUCUGUAAUUUUUGUGGACAGCGUUAGAUGUUGAAAGUAAAGAUUUGCAUUCAAAUGGAUUUGGUUCCUAUGCAAGCAUGGAGAAAAGUUGCAGAGGUUUUUAAGCAGAUGGUUAACAAAUAGUUAUGGUUGUUUGUUUGCAUGGACACAUGCUGUCACUUACAGAAAGCAGAGUUAAUUUUGACUAAAUUUCACUUCUUCUUUCUUUAAGACCAAAAUAUCCUAUUCCUACUGAUGCUGACCUAUAAAACUAAAGAUGUAAAAUUA